GUUGAAUCGUUCACAUUAGACGAGGAGCCUAUUGUCGACACAAACGCAUCCAAAUUUUUAUUAUCUGCCGAAACCUCUGACUCCAAACUGGUUGCAGGCAUUCAUUUGGGAGAACCGGCAGAAAUGGACGCCCAGUCGAGAGCAAACUUGGAGGCACUACUCGAAGCCGACAAGCAUUUGAUUGAUGCGGACGUUUUGAGACGUAUCGCCUCGUCGUUGGCUGUGAGUGAUGUCCACUGCGCUCUGGACGAGGCCGCGCAGGCCAUCGCCAAAAUGCGAAUCACCGACUCUCAGCUCACAUCCAUCGCUCCCCUAUCGACUGCCAAUGUGUUGCACAAAUCGGAUCAAAGCCAAGAACUGACAGCUAAUAUGGAGGGCUCGUCCCGUCUGAUGGACGACCGGUCCGAGAGGUGUAGUGUUAACGAAGUGACAGAAGAAGGUGAGAGCUUUCUGUCGUUCGCGUGUUCGUCGGGUCACUACGAAUUGGCCAAACAAUUACUGGUCGCGCGCGCGAACGUCGAGGACAGGGGUCUCAAAGAUACCACACCUCUGAUGGACGCGUCCAAUGCGGGCCAUUUCAAUAUUGUGGAGCUCUUAAUCAAAUACAACGCCGAAGUGAACGCUCAGACAUCGCAAGGGAACACUCCUCUGAUGUUCGCCUGCGCCGGUGGUCACGAAGAAGUGGUGAAACUGUUGCUCAAAAGCGGUGCGAACGUCGAGGACCACAACGAGAACGGACACACGCCUCUCAUGGAGGCGGCGAGUGCUGGUCACGUGAAUGUGGCCACUAUUCUCGUAGAACACGGCGCCAGUAUUAACACACACUCUAACGAGUACAAGGAGUCGGCGCUGACACUGGCCUGUUAUAAGGGACACCUGGAAAUGGUUCGCUUCCUGUUGGAAGCGGGCGCCGAUCAGGAACACAAGACCGAUGAAAUGCAUACCGCACUCAUGGAGGCCUCGAUGGACGGACACGUGGAAGUGGCCCGUCUUCUGCUGGACUCGGGAGCGCAGGUGAAUAUGCCCGCCGACAGCUUCGAGUCGCCGCUAACACUGGCCGCGUGUGGCGGACACGUGGAGUUGGCGAUGCUUUUGCUGGAAAGAGGCGCUAACAUUGAAGAGGUGAAUGACGAGGGAUACACACCGCUGAUGGAAGCGGCCCGCGAGGGACACGAAGAGAUGGUAGCCUUACUUCUAAGUCAAGGCGCAGACAUCAACGCUCAAACCGAAGAAACUCAAGAAACGGCCCUAACGUUGGCCUGUUGUGGCGGCUUUCUAGAUGUGGCCGACUUUCUGAUCAAAGCGGGCGCCGAUAUCGAGGCCGGCGCUAAUACUCCGCUCAUGGAAGCGGCACAAGAGGGACACCUGGAUCUGGUGCGCCAUCUCAUCAAUUGUGGGUCUAAUGUGAACGCGACGACCAGUUCUGGUGACACCGCACUGAUGUACGGCUGUGAGAACGGACACACAGAUGUGGCCGAACUCUUGCUUCAGGCCGGAGCUAACUUAGAGCACGAGGCAGAGGGCGGCCGCACGUCGCUGAUGAAGGCCGCGCGCGCCGGACAUCUCUGUACCGUUCAGUUCCUUCUGAAUAGGGGUUCAAACGUGAACAAAGUGACGACAAACAACGAUCACACGCCCCUAUCGCUCGCCUGCGCCGGCGGACACCUCGCCGUCGUUGAGCUACUGUUAGCCAACGGAUCUGAUCCAACACAUCGUCUUAAGGACAGCUCAACUAUGCUUAUAGAGGCGGCCAAAGGCGGACACACGACUGUUGUCCAACUGUUGAUCGAUUACCCCACGAAUAUGAUGGCCCCCUCACCCCCUCUGAAUGCGUCAGCCGAUGCCGAGACAACGCCACGCAUUCCUCCUCACGGCCUUCAACUCGAGGACACUUCCAGUCGAACGCAUUCUUCCAUUUCUUCACUUCAAUCGAAAUUAAAUUUUCAAAAAUCGAUAUCAAAGAAAAAUAUUUCCAAAGAUAAUAACGCAGUGAAUAUGACGGCAAACAAAGGCACCGAUUCCUCCGAUAGUUAUGUCUCCUUUUCGAAGGGACGCACAGUUAACAAAGUGUUGGAACGAAGUCUCUCUGACAGCGGCGUCUCGUCGACCACACCUCCAAACCCAAGCGUUAUGGAGUCGACGGCCUUCUCAAGUAUUGACGCUCUCAAAGAGGCCGAAAGACUCGAAGCGAGGAUUAAUGAUAUGAUUCGGAGAACUGACGAAUUAGAUCCGGCAAAAGAGGAACAGAUUCGUCAAAAACAACAAAUACUGGAAGAAUUGCAAAGAGUUGAACGCGAAUAUCAGGCCCAUUGGCAGCAACAGCUACUUCAGUGCUAUCAGGCGGGCCUGUCGUGCGGGCCCUCGUUAUCGCAAAUCUCUGCUAACAUACCGGUCGAUAGCACUGGUAUUCCUUCCAACUCUCAAGGAAUGCCCGUCUGUUUGGAAAUGGCCUCUAAUUUACAAAAGCCUAUUAAAUUGGAGACACCGUUUCAAAUGCCUUCUACUAUGAGUCAGUCCACUAAUUUUCAGUCCUCGUCGGCAACACUGGCCGCAGACCUGUCUCUUAACUUGUCUUCAGUGCCGACACAAACAACAUUUACAAACACUAUCAACACAUCGACGAAUACACCCAUAUCUCUAUCAACGCCACCGGCGAACCGUCGCUUCCGGUCCAACAGUAAAAUCAAAAGUAUUUCUUCUAAACAACACACACACCAAACGACUCUCAAUAUUCCAAAGUCUUUGAGUUCUUCGCUCACAUCAGAAGAAGUGGAGAAAAAUAAUCUGAAAAAUACUAUCAAUUCGGAACAUUUGGAUCCCAAUAAUAGCAACCCUUCAGCCGAUGGCCAACAAACGCAGAUAAGUCUUCUACAACAGCAACAAAUGAUUUUAUCAGAAUUGGCACAGAAUUUCAGUACCAGACCUGAAACACUUCAGUUCCUUCAGGCGGCCGCCUCUAACAUGAAGAUCGACCCAUCGAUUCCAUUCUUAUUGCCGCGACUUUUUAACCCUAACGUCUCGUUAAGUCAGACGUCUGUCAUUCAAUCACAUCAAAGCCAACCGAACACACAGUCGACACCGCAGACCACCAGUCAAUCGAUUCAAACCAACGUCUCGACCAUGACUUCAAUUCAUGACAACAUUAAGAAGACUUUGCAGAUAACGACUAAAGUUAAUAAACUGAAUAAAUCGGCCAAAGUUGACAACACUUCGGUCUCGUCUACAACUCCGGCGCCAACACCGGCGCCCACUCAACACCCGACGCCUUCCACUGGUUCUCUUCUCAUGAAUCAGACGACACAAACACAGUCGACAUCUCUUCUGCAAACACUGUCGAGCGAACAGUUGAUGUUAUUGAAGACCCAGUUCGCAGCCGCCGCCUCCACCGCCACUCAAACAGACCCUCUUCUCUGCCAGUUAUCUACAUCUUCUACCACUGCUCCGACUCUUGUCAAUCAAGCGGUAUAUUCUGGUUCGACAACGAGUGGCAUAUACUCGAUGGGAGCGCCAGCUUUUCCCGUUUCGUUGACAUUGUCUCCGGUCUCUGUCGCUCCUUCUUCGACAACUACUGCCUCGAGUCGGACGUCAAUUAUAUCGACAACAAUCCCAUAUCCGACCGAUGGUGUGGACGGCAACACACAAACAGUGAUUACAAAUGCAAACACGACUGACAUUACUUCAAUGAACACAAAUACGUCUUCACUCGACACUCAUAUCCCUUAUGCUCUGACGAAUACAAUCAGCUCUCUGUCUGGAAAUGGGAACUCAAAUGACUUGGAUUUGAAGCUCAAAUCUAGUAAACCAGAAGUGUUGCUUCAGAACACAAUUCAGAGCACAACUACGACAACGCCAGCGAACAUAAGGAUACCGUCGCCUCCGCCGUGGUUUCCACCCGUAGACUUAGAUUGUCAAACAGAUAGCAAUCACGACACCGCUCUCACACUGGCCUGUGCUGGAGGUCACGAAGAGUUGGUGUCACUGUUGCUGAACAGAGGGGCAGAGAUGGAACACAGAGACAAGAAGGGAUUCACGCCACUCAUGUUGGCCGCCACUGCCGGACACCUGAAUGUUGUCGAGAUUAUGUUAAACAAUGGCGCGGAUAUGGAGGCCCAGUCCGAGAGGACCAAAGACACGGCACUAUCGCUCGCCUGUUCCAGCGGUCGCUUCGAAGUGGUGGAGAUACUGCUCUCUCGCGGCUCCAACAAAGAGCACCGCAACGUUUCGGACUACACGCCGCUAAGUCUGGCCGCGUCGGGCGGUUACGUGAAUAUCAUAAAGUUGUUGUUGAGUCAUGGUGCUGAAAUCAAUUCGCGCACCGGUUCUAAACUGGGAAUUUCGCCCCUAAUGUUGGCCGCUAUGAACGGACACGCGGCCACUGUUAAGCUCCUGCUCGAUAUGGGCAGCGAUAUUAACGCUCAAAUCGAGACCAACCGUAACACUGCCCUAACUCUGGCCUGUUUUCAGGGAAGGUGUGAAGUGGUGGGUCUCCUGUUGGACAGGAGGGCCAAUGUUGAACACAGAGCCAAAACGGGUUUAACGCCAUUAAUGGAAGCCGCGUCCGGGGGUUAUGUUGAAGUGGGACGCGUCCUAUUAGACAAAGGCGCUGAUGUGAAUGCAACGCCUGUCCCCUCGUCGAGGGACACGGCAUUAACCAUAGCCUCAGACAAAGGACACUAUCGUUUUGUUGAACUACUUCUGACCAGAGGUGCAAUCGUCGACGUGAAGAACAAAAAAGGCAAUUCUCCCCUUUGGUUGGCCUGCAAUGGCGGACAUCUGGAUGUCGUACAGCUUCUCGUGAACGCCGGUUGUGAUAUUGACAGUCAAGACAACCGCAAAGUGUCGUGUCUUAUGUCGGCCUUCCGUAAGGGACACGUGAAAGUUGUCAAAUGGAUGGUUAAACACGUGAACCAAUUCCCGGCCGAUCAGGAAAUCACGCGUUUUAUUGCAUUGAUUAACGACAAGGAGUUGUUGAAGAAGACGAACCAAUGCGCGGAAAUACUGCGUCAGGCGAAGGAAAGACAGGCGGCGGAGGCCAACAAGAAUGCGAGCAUUCUUUUAGAAGAGAUUGAUUUGGAGAGGACUCGCGAAGAGCACCGCAAAGCGGCCGCCGCUCGACGUCGCGAACGGAAGCGCAUUAAGAAGAAAGAGAAACAAGAGUUGUUGAAAGUGCCCACAAAGGGAUCCAAUGACGACAAAAGCAAACUGAAGGACGACUACGACGAUGACGAUGACGACGACUCUAAUGAUGAGGACGACGACGACGACGAUGUGGUCGUUGAAGUGAUUCCACCGCCACUUCCAGUUGUGGCGCCCAAAGAGGUGUCCAAAGAGGUGAAACAGAAACCCAACCAAACGACGAAAGUAACGGUUGAAGAGAAGUGCAAACCUUCGCCAAAAGAGACUGAAAGGCAGAGGAAAGCAUCCAAUAAUUCUAAUCUAACGAAUCACGUGAAUGCAAACACAACAACAAAGAAGUCGACACAACAACCCAUGAAUACAACGAAUGCAAAGAACAAGAAGACUAACGAUUCCAUCCCAAGUGAUAGCGAUUCUACUCAAGAAAAACUUGUUUUGAGAUCAAAUUCAAGCAAUAUAUCCAAUGUUUCUAAGAAUUCAUCGGUUUCUCAGAAGAAUGUUCAGAAGAGUGUUAGCGAUCAUUCAUCUCAUAGACAUUCGACUGAUAUAUUCAGCGAAUUGACAGUUGAGAUGAAUACAAAUGUUUCGAGUUCUGCAUCCAAUCGAAGUCCAAACUAUUCGGCCUCUAAAGGAGGCGCCACUAGUGCUCAGCCGUCGAACGCCAACCAAACAAAGAAGGGUCAGAAGCGAGAGGAAGGCUGGAAAGAAGUGGUGAGAAAGUCAAAGAAAGUUGUCGUUCCCUCGAAUGCCAUCAGUCGAGUGAUAGGACGCGGAGGUUGUAAUAUAAACGCGAUUCGGGAGGUGUCGGGCGCUCACAUCGAAGUGGAGAAACAGAAGGGCCAGGGAGACAGGAUGGUCAUCAUUAAGGGCUCGGCCGACGCCACGAGACACGCCCAGCAACUGAUCGCCGCCCUCUCCAAAGAGACUGAGAAGGAUUUGUCCGAAAUUAUUAAGUCUAUGGGUUUGAAUCGACCCACAAGUGUCAGCAGCGAUGAGAUUAUCUCAACCCGUAAUCACAGCAAAAACCAGAGCACAGCAGUCAUCGGUUCGACAGCACGUCAACAGUCGACUACAGUCUCCAAUGUAUUGAAAUCUUCAUCCAUGGGCUCUGUUUGCACCACCAGUUUGUCCUCAAACAUGACUACUUUUACGAAUCGGUCGUCAAUGUUGGUCAGAACAUCCGCUCCCAUCACACAGUCGUCUCCAUUUGUGAACGCAUGGAAUACCAGAAAUACCGGUUCCACUCGAAUGCCUUCUACGACCUCUUUGCCGGUGUCCACGACUCAGCACUUGACAUCACAACCCGUGACCACCAAAUCGACCGUUUCGUACACAAUGGCAGUGGCGGCCAAAGGCAAGAACACGAAGACCACAUCCAUUUCGAAUAUUAUUACCGCCAUUCCUAAGGUUAUAUCGAGCGCUGAAGUGAAACACGAAACUCAAAUGAAGCCCACAUCCACUCCCCAAAUGACAAACCAAUUGCGUCCAACCGGUGCUCCGCAGGGCGUUCAGCCGUUUAGCCACCAAAUGUUUACCGGCGCUCGCGUUCCCGUUCCCAACAACUCUAAUGGCGUCAAGAAUACAUCAUAUUUGCCGACAACCAAACAGCCAUUCAAUAGCCUUCAAACCGUAACGACAGCGCAAUCGCCAACAAAGACCACCACUUCUGUCGCCGCAGAGGACGAUAAGCCUCCGUCGGCCACGACUCCCGAAUACACGCCGUUUAAUAACCUGUUCAGUAAAGUGGCGCAAUCGAGUGUAUGGGGACAGUCCAAAGACAAUAAACCAAACUUCGCCAGUGUUGCCGCCUCUGGUCUUACUUCCAUCGCUUCCAACCAAAACCAAUCCAACAGUUUGUCGACAUUAGGUCUGCAAAUCCAACAGAAUUCACAGAAAGAGUUAUCGAUAGACGCGAGCAAAGCUCCGGGUUAUAGAGGAAACCUUCACAUAUCGCCCAGCAAUGUGUCGCUAUCGUCGACCCCCUCGUCCUCGUCGGGCAAUUCUAAUUUGGGUCCCAUUGGCAGCGGUCACGCCAGAAGCGCGCCCUGCACUCCACCGCUCAUCUCCAACACCGGUCCGCUCACACCGUCGAGCGUUUCCAAAAUGAUGACAACCCCUCCCCUCUCGGGAACCCCCACUCCUCCUCCGCCACAGAACACACACAUCCAGAACAGCCGUUCGAUGACUGAUCCACAGAAUCAGAUGUUUUCGAUGACAAAUGAGUCGAAUUUGUCUCCAAUAAGUGCGCAAUCGCCAACAAAGACCACCACUUCUGUCGCCGCAGAGGACGAUAAGCCUCCGUCGGCCACAACUCCCGAAUACACGCCGUUUAACAACCUGUUCAGUAAAGUGGCGCAAUCGAGUGUAUGGGGACAGUCCAAAGACAACAAACCAAACUUCGCCAGUGUUGCCGCCUCUGGUCUCACUUCCAUCGCUUCCAACCAAAACCAAUCCAACAGUUUGUCGACAGCAUUAGGUCUGCAAAUCCAACAGAAUUCACAGAAAGAGUUAUCGAUAGACGCGAGCAAAGCUCCGGGUUAUAGAGGAAACCUUCACAUAUCGCCCAGCAAUGUGUCGCUAUCGUCGACGCCCUCGUCCUCGUCGGGCAAUUCUAAUUUGGGUCCCAUCGGCAGCGGUCACGCCAGAAGCGCGCCCUGCACUCCACCGCUCAUCUCCAACACCGGUCCGCUCACACCGUCGAGCGUUUCCAAAAUGAUGACAACCCCUCCCCUGUCGGGAACCCCCACUCCUCCUCCGCCACAGAACACACACAUCCAGAACAGCCGUUCGAUGACUGAUCCACAGAAUCAGAUGUUUUCGAUGACAAAUGAGUCGAAUUUGUCUCCAAUAAGUGGUAAUCCCUCUCCAAGUCAUCAGUUGAACGUAAACUCAGUUAGCACUGCCUCGUCGGUGACAUCGUAUCAACCGCUCCUUCAGUCAACACAACUCAAUCCCAAUCUACAGUCUAAUGUCUCAAAUGCUAUCAAAUCUCAGAGUUAUAACAUGUCAUCGACAAUGAAUGUGCCGCAGAGGCACACAUACGUGACAAACACGACAUACACCCAGAAUACUCCGCUCCCGUCUGUAGGCACUGUCCACACAAUGCAAAUGAGUAACGAACAGAACCAACCGGUGUUUGGGCUUCAGAACACCAAUAAUGCCAUCCAAAGUAACCUCAACCCAAACGCACCGGACUUCUCCACUCGGGUAUCAAUUAUGCAAUCGUCUCAUCAGAUGAAUGGGCCGUCACUUACGCCUCAAAAGCGCAUUUCGAGAGACAAUUCUGGGACAAACUCGUCGCCAAACGCAGCCAUUGUUCUUCAGGAUCAGAUGAGGGCCGCCUUUUUGGCCGCCUCUGCGAACCUUCAGUUGCAGACAUUGCAGAAACAACAGGCCGUACGCAUGCAAAUCGCGGCCAACCAUAACAGCCAUUUGGCCGCCAAUGACUUCGGAACCAACACUCCGCCGCCCUCUCCAGAAACACUACGCCUAUUGCAUACGGCUAUCAAUAGCUUACCGAAUGCCCCGAAUCCGGCCCAUGGAAUGCAACACUUCGGUGUAAUGCAGGCCAACAAUUAUUUACCACAACAACAACAGCAACAGUCGAGACUCUCGCAGACGUCAAUCAAUGCGAUGGCCGUUCAGAAAGAGAUGGAGUCAAACACCGACUAUGAGGAGCGCCGACAACUGCCCCGUCCUAUCGGCACCGAAAGGGCUCAACGAAAAAAUCCAAACCCAAAUGUUUACUCCCAAAUGAAUUCAUUGUCUAACAUGAAUGCCAAUGACUCGUUGUGGCCGUUCGGGUGCGAAGUGAUGCCCAAUGAUAUGAAUGAGUGGAUGCAAUCGCAGCAACAGUUGAACCCAAACAUCCAUUCGUCGAAUCUAAUGACCGAUAAUUCAAUGUCUGCUAUCAGUCAGAAUCGGUUCAAUUCCGACGACGUUUCGCAUUUCGAUUCGACAUUUCCGAUGAAUGUUGGCUCUCAUGCGAGUAAUUCACUCAACUAUUCGGCGUCCGGUUUGCCGGUAAUGGGAAUGAAUGGAGUGCCACAACACCUGUCCUCUGCUCACUAUCAGUCGAUGUUAAGCAACCCCGCGAUGAAUGUGACUCAAGACACCGAUUAUUGGAACUCGAAAAUAGGGUCGUUAUCUUCGGUGGCAAUGGAUAACAAUGUGUCUCAGAAUGCGGCGAAUGGCGAUCAGAAAAUGAACUGGAAUCACUGGAACCAUCAGACGUGA